CUUACACGUACUGCGGCAGCGAGAAACACAACAGCAACAGAGCAAUGAACGAGACAGCAGUGAGCAGUUAAUGAGAGGAAAAGACAAGAUCAAACCUGAGGAACUGGCAUCAUGCAUCCUUUAAUUGUGGAAUAUGUUUGACACUCUUAAGAACCGGAACAUAAAUCUAUUGGAGAACUAGAAACUUUGUCAUUCUCCUGCAUCAGGUGUUCAUUGGAGCAAGAGCUGAAGGAACACGUUAUUGAUCACAGAGAAACGAGAGAUAUUGAUGCUCUUCAUGAAUGAACUGUAUUGAUUAAAGCGGUUUUGAUGCUGUCAGAAUGUAUUAUAUGGAUUUAAAGUCCAGAGAGGAGAAUGUGCAGCGACUGGUGCGAUCUAAACCUGUCCUGCGCGGCAAACUCUGUCGACCGCGACUGCUUUUCAUUCAUCGACCGCAUGAGCAAUGCUCAACCAGACAAACUAAAACUCCCCCGAUUACCAGGGACUGCAGUCUCAGCGCGAUGAAUGUAGAGUCCUGGGACCCUCGUGACCCACAGCCAGACUCACCUGACCUCUUGACCUCACAGCCGCAGCAGCCUGAUAAACUAUGUCUGGAGUCUUUCUGGAGUGAAGUGGAGACAAUACGACAAAACAGCAGCGACUCUGAACUCGACCGCAGCCGACGAGACUCACGACAGUCUGAAGACAGCGAGCAGGACGAGCUCUGGCUGCAGGAUGCUGGUUUGUCGCCGUUAGCUACCAGUGAAGGAGAGGAAGUUGAUAAAGCGGUGUUGUUGUCUACGCUCACUAAGACACAAGCAGCGGCGGUUCAGAGACGCAUCGACUCGUACACGUGUUCACUGCGCAAGAGAAACAAAACACCACCACGACAUGUCAAAGACAUCUUUAGCUCCUCCAUCACUCAGUCCGCAGUUUCUGAGACACACAACAGUGAAUCCGACACACACACACACAUGGAGAGCAUCACAAAGAAUCAACGAUCAGCUGUCAGUGUUCAGGACUCUACAGGAGCUCUACAGAAGGACGAGAUCUUUAUCACUGAUGUGGCGUAUUGUGAACAAGCCGCCAUUUUACUGAAACUAGCCAAACUACCACAGAACAACAGCAGCCAACACAGAAGAGAUGAUGGGAUUCUGCCGAGGGUGAUCUGUCCUCAGUGUCGGUUGGGUGUGACGCGGGUCGUGGACCUCUCACAUCAGGACAUGAAGAAGGUCCGCCAACUAGCUUUGAUUGACAUGACCGCACUGUGUGACCUCCUGGAGCUCGAGGUCAAACGACACAAAACCUACAAGAGGAAGAUUCCUGAGAGCUGUUUGUUUGGCGUUCCUCUCGCCUCAUUGGUGGAGAACGAUCAGAAGAUCAAACCUAACACUCAGAUCCCUCUCCUUCUCCAAGAACUUCUGUCAUUCAUAGAGAAGAAAGGUCUCGAUUCUGAAGGGAUUCUGCGGGUUCCAGGAUCUCAGUCCAGAAUUAAAGUGUUGCAGCAGAAGUUGGAGAAGUCGUUUUAUGGCGGUUCGUUCAGUUGGGAUGAUGUCAGUCCGAAUGAUUCCGCGGCUUUGCUCAAGAAAUUCAUCCGCGAGCUGCCGGCGCCACUGCUGACUGCCGAACACCUCAACACAUUCAGCGCUGUGAGAGAUAUUGCUGAACUGAAGCAGAAGUUACAUGUGUUAAAUCUGCUUAUCCUGCUGCUGCCAGAGCCAAACAGAAACACACUCAAGGCUCUGUUGGAGUUUCUCAGUAAAGUCGUCUCUUUUGAGCGUCGGAACCGUAUGAAUCUGUGGGCCGUCUCCACCAUAAUGGCGCCAAAUCUCUUCCUACAUAAAGCCAUGCCGACUAAACUCACAGUAGACGGUCAAGAGAAAGGCCAGGCGGAGCGAGCGGCCGAUAUCAUGAGACUCCUCAUUCGCUACCAGGACCUGCUGUGGACGGUUCCCAACUUCCUGAUGAGUCAAGUGAGAAAACUGAAUGAGAACAGCAGCCGGCGCUAUCAGUUUUACGACAAACGCAUCAAAAACCUGCUGAGGAAGAGCCACACAGACAGCAAAGAUAAAGCUGACAAGAACUCUGCUGAGCCGUUUCGUACUGUAAAGAUCCAGCUAGGUGACGUGAGUUUCUCGAUGGAGUUUCGUCUCACAGUUAACUCUCGCGCUGCUGAUCUGCUGUCACAGUUUUAUAAAGAACUACACACCUCUGACAACAGCAGGGGAAUCGUCAGACGAAAUGGCUCAACAAGCUACCCGGACUGUGCCAUCUAUGAAGUAGGUGGAAAUAUUGGUGAACACUGUCUGGAUCCAGAAACACAUUUGUUUGACCUUUAUAACAACAACCCCAGUGGAGAGUGGAUUAUUAAACUCAAGUCCGCCAGCAGAGGGCUGUAGAGACUCAUGAGACACAAACACUCCUCCAUCUGUUUCCUUUAGAGCUCAUGGACUUCACAGCCACAAUGUGAAUGAAACCAAGAGAGCUUUCACAUGAGACUGAACUGUGAAUAAAUGAACAUAUGAUCGUGUUUAUAAGCGUGACUUGAGGUUUGGAUCAUUGACUUUCAUCUCACAAAGAAGCUCUGAGACGCUGAUGAGAAUGACACACAGGAAGUGAUGUCACAGCGCUGGCUUCCAGAGGCUGCCAUACUGAUACUGAUGUGAUGAAGCUGGACUUCUGUGUUUGAUUUGGACAUUUUUGCUUUUGUGUUUUCGGUGACGAACGACCGCUUGAGAUUUUAUGCAUUAUUGCACCAUUAAUUGUCAUUAUUUAUUAUUUAACUGCUAGUGCGUAAUUGUGUUUGAUUAUGUGAGAUGAAUGAAUUUCCGAGGUGUCGUUUUGUACAGAUUUUGUGCCACACAGUAUUAAAAACAUGAAGGUUUCAGAUUCUAGAAAUCCCUACAAUGUCGCUGUAGCUCUUUAUGGCUACGAGAUGCCAAUUAAAGCUACACAUGCACUCUAUUUCUAGGCUUUUUUUUGUAUAAUAUUGAAUUGUUUUGAAAUCUCUUUGAUACCGUGUGUAUUAAGACACUAAUCGCGUAAUUGAGGCUCACACAUUCAGAGAUAUUAUUGUGUAUUAUUACACACAUACACACUCAUUUGUCAUUACUACAUUUCAUAUAGUUCUGUCAGAGUUGUGCGAGUGUUAGUGAGAUUGUGUUGUGUAAUAGUGUAUAACAUCCAUCACAUACUGUCACGCCUCUUCCUGAUCAACACAUACACACACACACAAACACACACACUGAGAGAAUAUUAAGAAUGUGUACAUGUUUAGCAUCUCUCCAGCUGUAGUGCACUUGAUGCAAAGAACUUGAGAAACAUUGCAUGUUAAUGAUUUAUGGAAUUUAAAGUGCUGAUCACAACAAUCUUCAGUGUAGAUUUUUAUAUUUCUGAAGAACCUGUUGUUUGCCAGUGCAAAACCACCAUGAUGCUAGGGUGUUCUGGUUGGUUGCUGAUUGGUUUCUAAACUAGCCCGAAUCAAAAUGAUAUUAUGGUCUCUAUAUACUGUAUGGCUCGAGUCCCUCCUUCAUUGUAAGGUUCUAGGGUUGCCAACCGUCCCGUAUUAGCCAGGAUGUCCCGUGUUUUGGCUGAAAUGACGAUGCACCUAUUGUCCCGUAUUUUAGCAGUGAAAAUGAAAAUCGUAAGGCUGAUCGCUUAGAAAAGUACUAUCACAAGCCGUGUGAUUUGAGGUAUCUUAAGCCACUUUUCCACCAUCUGGCCAAAUGGUUCUUGUUGCGUAACAGUGACAUUCUGUACCGAUCUGGGCUUGUUGACAUGUUUCUGGUUUCUUGUUUUUUUUCCAUUGUGGUGCUGCAAAAUUAGGGUUAGAAUGAACUGACUGGGCACGUCACUAAAGUUGUUCUGUCCUGAGUACGGUUAGCUAAAGGCCGAAACAUGCGUUGCAUCCAGAAAUCUAUACUUCUCUAAUAUAUAGUAUGCCAAAAACAGUAUGCCAAUGGAGUAGUAUGUCCCAAUCCUCAGUGUUAAUAAAAGAGUAAGUGAGAAAUACUCAGAUGACCGACUAUUUCCGGUGAGAUUCUGAAGUCCGGAUCAACUUGACACUUUACGAUUCCAUAAUCCCUAUAGAGCUGAGGAAACUUAAAAUUUAGGCCACGUCCACACUAACAUGUUUUCGUUUAAAAAGCAUUUUUUUCUCUACGUUUUGGCCUUCCGUCCACACUGAGACAUCGUUUUUGACCACGAAAACUGAGCUUUCAAAAACGCUUUCUUAAGUGGAUACAUUUGAAAACGCUGCCUUCGUGUUGUAGUGUGGAUGGGGAAAAUGGAGAUAUCUGAAAACAAUGACGUGAUCAUGAGGUCCAUUCAACCCAAAACAAUCAAGAUGGCAGCCCACAUUGUAGCAGUGUUAUUGUGCCAGCUAUUUACUUUGAGAGCAUUUUUAAAGAUAAAUGUUACUUUGUACAACCUUCACAUUGCAUUCCUUCAAAGGUGACGCAAAGUUAAUUGCUGUCCAGCGACAAAACACGAGGACAACUGUGUUUCAGACCUUACAUGCAACGUGAUUUUUCGCAUGCACAGUAAGGGGAUUUAUGAGUUUUCAUACGUUUUAGUGUGGACGAGCAACUUUUGGAAAAUGAUUGAAAAUGGCAGUGUGGAUGUAGAGCAUUAAGAAAAUGAAAACGCUGUUCAAAUUUCAAAUGUAUCCGGAUUAAUGUGGACGUAGCCUUAAAAACGCCAAAUAAAAAUAACAUAAUUUAGAUUCUCAUUGGUCAACGCAUGCCUGCGUCAGAGUGCGAUGCAGCAAAAGUUGAAAUGCUCUAAACGUUUGGUUGCAAAUCCUUAAAUUUUCCCUCUUUUUCCUUCAAACGCACCAUCCUCAUUGAAUCAAUGCAUUUGCAGCGUUCUCUGACGCAGCUUAAACUCUAGUGUGUAGGCCCAUGCUCUAUGCAAGUACGUGAACGCAGAUGCGAGCACUUGGCCACCGCAUUACCAACUCAUGUUCUGAACAUGCUUAACGUGCGUUCUUGUGUGACCGUGGCGGGAACAAACCUCACUACUCAAGGGGGCGAUAAGAGUUCCUUUUAAACGUUCAUACUGGAUCGUUAAUAUUGAGCAGUUCAGGCUGUAGUCCAAAAACCCGUAAAUCAAUUAGCAUUUUCAAGCCAUGGGUUCCCUCAGGAAUUUCCUAUCGGUUUUCACAAUGGCAGUUUUCGAUUUAUAAAAGUUAAAGUAUAAAGUAAAGCCUGUGGUUAAAAUAACUUGAAGAGAAUUUCACAUUUGGCUCUAGAACAUUAAUUAAACAGUCAUGCUUCAAACGUUAUUUUUCAACCUACUUUGUUUUUAAGAAUGCAUAUUAAGGACUACAACUCCCAUCAGCAUGAGUGCUACCUGCUUUUAUGAAAUGGGCAACUGUUGUAGUCCUUAUUUAGCGACGGGUUAGCAACAUGCAUUUUUAAAAGACAACAUAUUAGCUGGACCCACUCUACAUAAGGGGACUUUAACAACAAUGCACUUAAGCAUUUGUUACAAUGUAUGUAUUAUGUAUAUGCAUUGUUGCAUUGUACUUACAUUUAAAGUACCUGCACUUAAUUACAUCUGUAGUUACACUGUGAAGCUUACACCUAACCCUUCCCCAACCCUUAACCUAACCCUACUUCUAAACCCAAACUCCUAAGCCUUCUGGGUUUGCUUCCAAAUGGAUUUCAAAGCUAAAAGGUUCUAUCCUGGUAAGUUGCUUUAAACAUAUUGAUUUUAACUUACUUGAUCACCAAUAUUCUCUUCAAACUGUUGCUCCGCCAUGACAGUAGUUGACUUGAAAGAGAAAUCUCACUGUAGAUGUGGAUAGUUCACACUAAUCUCACUAUAGCGCCCCUGGUGGCACCGUUGAGAAUGCAAUGCGCACUUGCUUUGUGUUAUGAAUUGCGGUCUGACACAUUUUGGAAUGCAACUAUGCACGAAAUCGAGCUUGUUGAGUAUGUUUCGGCCUUAACUGUCCUGAGAAAUCCCGGCCGGGAACGGUUUGUAAUCGUACCAAACCGUGCUCAUGUAGAAACGCUACUGGAGCCGUUACUCACCGUGCUGUGAACCAUUUGACCCGAUGGUGGAAAAGUACUUGAUUUAUGCUAGCUAGAAAUAGUGAUGCUUGACUUAUUAAACACUGCUAAUAAAACCUCUAACAAACCCCAACAAAACCAGCACUGAACGUUUAACUCUCAACAAAAAUGUAACAAACAUGUGUUAUAUCAGGACUGUUGUAUUCGACAUGUAUGACAUUUGAACACAAUACACACGAGAUGUCAGUGCAGUGUAGUGUUGUGUAGUGUGUGUGCAUGUCACAGUUGGUUGGUCAGGGACAAAGACGCCAGAAGAAUCUGCUGUCAGCAGUAAUAAUCAGAUCUGGGUCACCGCUGGAGCCCGCCGCACUGACACUGACGCCUGCGGCCGACACAUGCUCAACUUCCCACACACACAUAUGUUUAUCCACAUACGGGAUACAUGCAUUCACAUUAAACAUCACAUGACUCACAUGCGCUUUUCUGUGACAUUGAACUUAAAGUGAGUGACAUGUAAAAUGCAAACGUUCUCUAAAUGGACAGUGUUUUUAUUGAAGUCUUAUAAUCAAUAUUUCUCAAUUCGUGUUCUGUCUUACAAACUAAAGCUCUUCUGAUGUGAAAGAUAUUGAAGUAAAUGCUUGUACAGUAUGUGACUGCAGCUUUUGUAAAAGGAUUUGUAUUUGUGAUGUAGUAAAAUGUUUUUUAAUGAUUUUAACUGGACUUGUUUGUUGAUUGAAUGUUCACAGUAAUGGUGAGGAAGGUAAAUUCAGUUUAA